AUGGUCACCGCAGACCCCUCGAUGAGAGGAACCAGAGCUCGCAAAUCAAAACGAGAGGCUAGUAGUGGCCUAGAUUUCACUACACUUGAUCCACCUUUCCUGCCUAAUCCUGCAGAGCCUAGACCUCCAGGCCCGAGACCAUUUGGCUUACCUGAAGCUCCUGUAUUUCAUCCUACUCCUGAACAAUUUCAAAAUCCCCUCUUGUACAUUCAGUCAAUACGACCACUCGCCGAAGACGCCGGAUUAUGCAAAAUAGUCCCUCCUGCUUCCUGGAAGCCCGACUUUUCCAUAGAUACUGAGAACUUUUUCUUCCGACCUCGAUUACAAAAGCUCAACUUUGUAGAGGGAGGAUCUCGAACUACUCUGAACUAUCUCGAUCAACUGCAACAAUAUCAUCAGCAAAACGGAACUCCCCUUACAAAACUCCCGACUUUGGACCGUAAACCUAUAGACUUAUUCAAAUUGAAGAAGGAAGUCGCCCGUCGAGGAGGUCAUGAAGGAGUUACAGAUCAGAAAAAAUGGGCAGAAGUAGCUCGUGCCAUCGGUAUUCAGGGCAAGACAUGUACUUCUAUGUCCCAUAGUAUUAAAACAGCCUAUGUCAAAUGGGUCUUGCCCUACGAAAACUACUUGGUCGAAAAUGGCAAGUUUGGCGAUGAAGCCAUAGUAACAGGUCCCACCACCAUAAAGGAAGAACCCAAUGUACCAAAACCAUUACUUGAAUUGGACAAGAAUGAUGGAUCAAAACAUCGUCAUGCCACUCGAACAAAACUAGGUGCUCUACCAUCACAGAGCUAUCUCAAACCAGGAGAGUUCUGUGAAAUAUGUCUACGUAGUGAGAAUGAGGACCAAAUCCUAUUAUGCGAUGUAUGCAAUAACGGUUUCCACUUCUAUUGCCUGACUCCGCCACUACCUGCCAUCCCAAAAGGUGAAUGGUAUUGUGUCAACUGUCUACAGAAACAAGGAGACGAUUACGGAUUCGAGGAUGGUGAAGAACGUAGUCUUGCUGAAUUCCAAAAGAUCGCCAAUGAGUUUAAGGAUAAUUGGUUUAUUGGUAAACGAAAUCAUGCUGGCCAGGUCUUGGUUGAUGAAGAUGGUGUCGAAAUGGAAUUCUGGCGGCUUGUCGAAUCGCCUUAUGAAGAAAUCGAAGUUGAAUAUGGAGCUGACCUGCAUUCAUCUCAUCAUGGAAGUGGCUUCCCUGUCAUUGAAAAACAACCCUUCAACCCCUAUGCGAGUUGUGGUUGGAAUCUAAACAACCUCCCACUUCUUCCCGAAUCCUUGUUCCGUAAUAUAAAUAGUGAUGUUCCAGGUGUAAUGGUUCCAUGGCUCUAUGUUGGAAUGGUCUUUUCAACAUUCUGCUGGCAUGCCGAAGACCACAACACCUAUUCAAUCAAUUACAAUCACUUUGGUGAAGCAAAGACUUGGUAUGGUGUCCCUGCCACUCAUGCAGACAGGUUUGAGGAAGUCUUGAAAAAGACUGUUCCAGAACUUUUUGAAAUGAACCCGGACCUCCUCUUCCAUAUCACCACCAUGUUGUCUCCUGCCACACUGCUUCGGAACAGGGUACCCUGUCAUGCUAUAGAUCAACGAGCUGGAGAAUUCAUCGUUACCUUUCCUCGGGCUUAUCACGGAGGAUUCAAUCACGGAUUCAACUUUUGUGAAGCAGUCAACUUUGCUACAGCGGACUGGCUAUCAUAUGGCACGCAGUCCAUUGAACGAUAUCGAGACUUCCGAAAGAUGCCUGUCUUCAACCACGAAGAAUUAUUGAUUACCACUGCUUGCAAGAAUAACGAUGAACAAACAGCACUAUGGCUGAAACCGGAGCUAGAACGCUUACGAGAUCGUGAAAUUCGGAUUCGAAACGAUGUUCGUACUCGGCCAGGGAAACUCAAACAGGUCGUUGAUAAAGCCGAAUACACCAACGAAGAGCAAGGUCAAUGUUCAUAUUGUAAUCAGUAUUGUACCGUCACUGCCGUCAAAUGUGAAUGCUCUCCUGAACGUGUGGUUUGUCCUUUCCAUGUGGAUCACGUUGUAUGUCGCUGUGGUAGACCGUCUCUCAUCAUGCGAAUGAAAUAUACCGAUGAUGAAUUACGAGGCUUGGUCGAUAAUGUCUGUCGUGAAGCCUACAAGCCGAAUCAAUGGAAGUUGAAGUAUCAACACCUUAUGAUGAUUGAACGUCGACCAUCGUUGAAAACUCUCCAACAACUGUUAGCUGAAGGACAACGAAUCCCAAAUAUUCAGGAAGAUUUGAAGGCUCUGCGAGAUUUUAUCGAGACUGCUUACGAAUGGCAAGAACGAGCCAAUAGUAUAUUGCAUAAAAAGAAACGACCCCUCCGUAAGACUCUUGCUGAACGUCGAGCUCUCUUUACGAAUAUGGAUGAAGAGGGUGUCUCGGCAGUCAGUGUCUCCUCGUCCACCAACAGGUCUCGACGUGACAAACGUAAUAAUAAUCAUAAUGAUCCCAAUAACGAAGAGAAUAUGGUCAUGGAAGUACGAAGUCUUGUCAACAUCCAAAAACUACUCAAAGAGUAUGAAUCCCUUGGCUUCGAUGCAGCUCCAGAAGUUGCUGGAUUGAAAGCAUUAGAAGAAGAAGCAGUCGCAUAUCGUGACAAGGCUCGAGUUUUACUCGCGGAAGAUUUGCCACAAAAGGACUAUAAACAGAUGAUUGAUCAAGGUAGAACAAUGGAUAUUGAAGUUGAGGAGUUGUUUGAUCUUCAAAAUAAGACUCGACAAGGUGAUUGGAUUAUAAAUGCUGAUAUCCUGAUCAAGAGUCCCGAUGCUUUGAAUGAUAUUGAAAGGGUCGUCACUCUUAUGGAUGAAGGAGUUGAGUAUGGUGUCAAGUUGGAGACUCCUGUAAUGGUGGAAUUAAGGGAUCUUAAAGAAGUUGGUUUGCAGUGGAAGGUUGAUGCUACCAAUCUUCUCAAGGCCAAAUCUAUGGGCUAUGAUGAAGUACACGAGUUGGUCGAACGCGGUAAAACUAGCCCAGUGGUGCCUGAAUUGCUACGACAUUUACAAUAUCAACUUCAACGAGCUGAUGACUUUAGCAUUUGGCUCCAAACAUAUGGUGGUGAAGGUCAGCAGCCAGAAGGUGGUGAUGCUCAACCACAAGCCAAUAUAGGUGAUAUUCGCAAGCUGCUGAAAGAGUAUGAAGACUUUAAUAUUCGUCUUGACUCGUACCCUGUAUUACAACAAGAAGUUCGUAAAACAGAGGAAUGGGUGGAAACGACUGCUCAGACUAUGGGAAGGCCUGCCGGACCAGAUGUACCACCUGCACCACCACAAACAUUGGAGGCAUAUCUUACCGAAAUACGAGAGAGUAUAAAGGCUUGCUGUAAUAAUGUCGGUACUCACGAUGAUAAUCAUACACCCAUUUUCUGUAUAUGUCGACUACCAGAAAAGGGCAUAAUGAUUGAAUGUGAUGUAUGCAAGGAAUGGUAUCAUAUAUCAUGUGUCAAGGUGCCCAAAAAGGUUGCCGAGACAUCUGAAGAUUAUACUUGUACUGUAUGUGAUGUGACUGCUCCCUUCCCCUUUGGUACACGACCGACAUUGGAAUCAUUCCGUGCAGCCUCAGAAGAAGCCGGUGCCUUCCGGUUCCCACCUGAAGAAAAGGAUUUGUUGGAUAUUAUAUUAGCCAUGGUCACGAAUUGGAAAGCCCUAGUGCAGGAUUUUAUAUCUCGACCAAUGGUACCUGGCGAUAAGAUACGAGCCAAACAAUAUCUACGAGCUGCUCAGGGUAUGCCUAUAGCAGUUGACGCAGAAGCUCAUGAGCUACGUAAAAAGGUGGUAGAGACUUCUUUACAAGCUGAUUCUGAUGAUGAUAAGGAGGAUCCAAAUGCUACAUAUUGUAUGUGCAAAUCGCAUUACGAUGAGGAAAGGCCUAUGGUGCAAUGUGAUGGAUGCCAUGACUGGUUUCAUCUUGAUUGUGUUGGAUUGUCUACUGAGCAGGCUGAUCAGAUGGAUAAGUUUAUGUGCCCGAUAUGUAAUCCUCAUCAGCCUUUGAAAAAAUUGAAAACGAAACAUGAUUCUGGAGCACCCAAGAAGAUCAAACUGAAGAUUAAUGUGCCUAUGGCUACUGCUGCUGACCUUGCUAAGAACUCGGCCAGUGCUACUGUAUCAGCUAUGGUUGCAGCAGCUGCUUCUGGAAGUAUGCCAGGUGACUCCAAGAGACAAAAUAUGAUGAAACGAAAUCACCCUGGUGAUGAGGCCAAGAAUGAUUAUGCUCGACCCGAGUAUCGAGAACGAAAACGCAAACAGUCCAGCGAACCAAAAGUCGAACCACCACAGGCUAGCCAUAAGAAGCGUAGACCUGAUGGCAACGGGACUCAUUCAAAUGGUGCCGACCCAUCAUCAUCAACCAUGGCUCCUCCCCCCACUGCAGUUGGAGAAGGUCAGCAAGAGCAUGGUUAUUAUGCCCCUGAUGGUACAUAUCAAACCACUGCAGAUCCUCAACAAGUGGUUGCUGCCAUGUUGUUGUAUUACGCUCAAAUGGGUGAGCAACAACCACAACCACCACAGCCGAGCGAAGAAGACAUAGAAGUUGAUGAUAAUGAAGAGGAAAUGCACGGUCAUGAUGAUCAAGCUGAUGGAGGUGAAGAAUGGCAAUAA